CCAAUUUUUAUAUCCAUCUCUCCCCCAAAUCCCUCCUCUUCUCGUGCUCCUUGGAUCCCUUUCAAACCCUAACAAGCUCGAAGAAUCACUCUAAUGGCCGCCGACGAUGAGCCCAAGAAGGUCAAGAUCCUCUGCAGUUGCGGCGGCCGCAUCCUCCCACGGCCUAGCGACAGCGCGCUCCGCUACGUCGGCGGAGACACACGUAUCGUCUCUGUUCGGCGAGAUGUUUCGUUCUCCGAGCUCUCACGUAAGAUCUUGGACUCCUUUGGCGGCCCUCUUGUUCUCAAGUACCAGCUCCCUGAUCAGGACCUUGAUGCUCUUGUCUCCGUGUCUUGCCCUGAGGACUUGGAUAACAUGAUGGAAGAGUACGAUAAGCUUGUUGAUGCUUCCCCUGAUGGCUCCUCCAAGCUCCGUGCAUUCCUCUUUUCCCCUUCCGAGACUGAUGGCAACCCCCUUGAGGCUGGGGACUCUGGGCACCGCUAUAUCGACGCUGUUAAUGGGAUCGGACGCCGUGAUAGUGUUGCCAGCGUCACCAGUGCCACCAGCGCCACUAGCGGUGCUUCGCAUAACUCCGACACAGCCUUCGCCGCAACAGAUUGCGCUACAAAUGAAGGUAGCUCUCCUACUCUUGAUUCUAAACUGGGUUACCAAGAGCCUGCUUCGAUUCAUUAUGGGCAUCCCCAGCCACUAUCGGAGUUGGCUGGGGCGCCGGCGCAGUCUUUUGUGCCGGUGAGACCAUUACAGCCGCUGUCACAGUUGCCACCUUUGCCACCUUCUUAUUUGAAGCCUGCGAUGCCCGUGCCUGUGGCACAGGGGCAGACUGUGCGGCUGGAUGAUUGCUAUAUGUGUCAGAGAGCGUUGCCGCAUGCACAUUCAGAUAACUUGAUACAAGAGAAAGGGAAUCCUUCUUCCUCGUCUUCUCUGGGGAGUAGUUUUGCGGAGGUGAAUCCAGUGUUUUAUAGUCACCACUCAGAGGAUAUGAUGAGACAACAUAGAGCUGCAGUAGGGGAUAAUGUAGUUGAUGCAAGAGCUGAAAAUGCUGUCCUUGGAGGUCAUUUGGGGGUUUAUGGGGUUGCUCCGAUGUCUGAGGCUGAGUAUGGUGGAGGUGGGAGAGAGGUUCUUCAGAAAAUGGAAAAUCUUGAGCAUGCUAGGGGUUUGGCUCCUGCCAGUGUGAUGGGUUUGGCGCCUGCCAGUAUGAUGGACUUUCUGGGUGACAUUUCAUAUGGAAUGGUUGCAGGUAAUGUACCUCCUUGGAUGCAUUUUGAAGAUUUUCAGCAGCAGCAGCAGCAGCAGCAGCAGCAGCAGCAGCAGCAGCAGCAGCAGCAGCUAAGAGGGCAGACUUUGGUACCACCUCCAUUAUAUCCAGUUAAGCAGGAUGUCGUAUCUAGGCCGCUUGGUGUUGAUGUUAGUUCGACUAGGAAUGCUAAUUUUCAGCCAGCAGAAUCAUCAAACCUGAUACCAUUUACAGAGGGCUCCAAUGAUUAUGUUAGACCUGUUGAUGGGAUGAUGGGAAGUCUCCGAUUAGGUCUUUCUGAGGCUGCCAGAUAUGGUGAGCAGGGAAAACCAGUUGUUAGACCAAAUUAUGGCGUCCCCAAAGAUGUAAAACUUGAUACUUCAUUAAUGGCUGAGCAUAGCCAUAUUUAUGGGGUGCAAGUUGGAGGACCUGGCAUACAGGUUUCGAAUGCUGUUGCAAAUCAUGGAGUUCUUGAAAAGAAUGGUGUUAUAUCAACAAAUCAACUGCCCCCACUCAGUUAUGGUGUUCCUUACUUGCAGAGUCUUCAGACAAGUGAGAUAGGCAGUGCAUCAAUGGUUGUAAACCAGAUACCUGAUUCACAUAAUUUAGAACCUGGGCAUGAGCCUCCAAUUCCCAGUGAGCGUUUGCUUGGGGUGCCCACAUAUGCUUCUGCCAUUGAUUCUACCUACAAUAGCCACGCCAUUAAUCAUAAGAUUGCUGUAGGUGACUGGAGAGGUGAGACAUCUGGAGUUCACAUGCAAAAUUCUGUUGAUCAAAUGCCAUCUCCUUUAGAUGGUAACAUGUCCAGUACCUUGGUCUCAGCAGGCAAUCCUGCAAGUCAUGUGGAAUAUCUCCAAGAACCUCUACCAUCUGACUCACUUUUUAGCAACCAUGACCCUUGGAAUGUAGCUGGGGUAACACAUCAAUUGCCUCCAAGAACUAUUAGAGUGGGCGGCAAAGAGCCAGUUGCUGCAAGAGACUUGUGCAUGGAAAACUUUGCAGGAAAUACCACUGAUUCCAAUAUUGUAUCUCUUUUAGAGGAAGGUGCCCUUCACCAUCCUCUGGACCCUGUGGCCAAGGAGGCACACCAACAUGUUCAAUACACAACAGGAUCAGUCGAGGACCAAAUUAAGCAAGAUUUGCAGGCCAUUGCUGAGGGUGUUGCUGCAUCAGUUCUUCGGACUUCUGCACCUAUUCAGUCAUCUUUAAAUCCUGCGCAUAACCCAGAUAAUGCAGACUUUCUUAGUGCUGUAGCUAUGGUUGAUCAGAAAGUUGAGGAAACAAGGGCAAAACAGUUGGAUAAGGUCAAUACUGGUAUUCAAAUCACUGAAGACAUUGGGCGCCUGCAGAUAAUCAAGAGCAUUGAUCUUGAAGAAUUGAAAGAACUGGGUUCAGGAACGUUUGGAACCGUGUACCACGGCAAGUGGAGAGGCUCAGAUGUUGCAAUAAAAAGGAUUAAUGAUAGGUGUUUUUCUGGCAAGCCAUCUGAGCAAGAACGCAUGAGAGCUGAUUUUUGGAAUGAGGCCAGCAAGCUUGCUGACUUGCACCACCCAAAUGUCUUAGCAUUCUAUGGUGUUGUUUUGGAUGGUCCUGGGGGCUCUGUUGCAACAGUAACUGAAUAUAUGGUUAACGGUUCACUUAAACAAGCUUUACAGAAGAAUGACAAGACACUUGAUUUUCGUAAACGCCUUUUAAUUGCAACGGAUGUGGCAUUUGGAAUGGAAUAUCUACAUGGGAAGAACAUUGUACACUUUGACUUGAAAAGCGACAAUUUGCUUGUUAACUUAAGAGAUCCUCAACGUCCUAUAUGCAAGGUUGGUGACCUGGGCUUAUCUAAAGUGAAAUGCCAAACUUUAAUCUCUGGUGGUGUACGAGGAACACUUCCAUGGAUGGCUCCUGAGCUUCUAAACGGCAGCAGCAGUCUUGUCUCAGAGAAGGUGGACGUGUUCUCCUUCGGUAUUGUAAUGUGGGAGCUCCUCACUGGAGAAGAACCAUAUGCGGAUUUACAUUAUGGAGCAAUUAUAGGUGGGAUUGUCAGCAAUACAUUGCGGCCUCCCAUCCCAGAGAACUGCGACCCAGACUGGAGAUUAUUGAUGGAGCAAUGCUGGUCUGCUGAGCCAUCAGAGCGGCCAAGUUUCUCCGAGAUAGCCCGCCGGCUGCGUGCCAUGGCAGCUUCCCUCCCCCUUAAAGGUCAGGCUCAACCACACCCUCCACCUGUUCAAUCACAUGCACAGAAAUGAUAUCUGUUUGCUUUUUAAGCUUUGGUUUUCUUUUUCAUGCGUUCAUUGUGUUGUAGAAUGUAAAAAGAAAGCGAUGAUGACCUUGUUAUUGAAAAAAAAAGGGUGGCCUUUUAAAUUCAGCGAUUUUCGUUUAUAUUGGUUUAUUUAUCAAGUACUUGUGAUUUGAAAGUUACAGAGGAAACCCAUUUGUAAUUUUUUUUUACCUUGGUGAUAUUAUUAGGAAAUUUUUAUGUGAUUUGUUA